CCCACCGCCCCCGGAAGCGCUUCCUCCUCCGCGGCCGCUCCUGCCGCUACCGCUGGCGCUGGCGCUUGGCCUCUCUAGGCCCCGGGCGGGGAGGGCGGCUCCUCCAUGGUCCGGCCUGUCCGCCGGGGGUCACGGACCGGCCGCUGAGGCCAGCGUGGCUCGGGGGCGCUGCGACCCUGUCGUUCCGUCUCCGGUGCGGGGCGGGCCCGGGGGGCGGCAUGGCGGGCCAGUUCCGCAGCUACGUCUGGGACCCUCUGCUGAUCCUGUCGCAGAUCGUCCUCAUGCAGACCGUCUACUACGGCUCGCUGGGCCUGUGGCUGGCCCUGGUGGACGGGCUGGUGCGCAGCAGCCCGUCGCUGGACCAGAUGUUCGAUGACCAGAUCCUGGGCUUCUCCACGCCCCCCGGCCGCCUCUCCAUGAUGUCGUUCGUCCUCAACGCCCUGACCUGCGCCCUGGGCUUGCUGUACUUCAUCCGGCGAGGGAAGCAGUGCCUGGAUUUCACUGUCACUGUGCACUUCUUCCAUCUCCUGGGCUGCUGGUUCUACAGCUCCCGCUUCCCCUCGGCGCUCACCUGGUGGCUGGUGCAGGCCGUGUGCAUCUCGCUCAUGGCCGUGAUCGGGGAGUACCUGUGCAUGCGGACGGAGCUCAAGGAGAUCCCCCUCAACUCGGCCCCCAAGUCCAAUGUCUAGAAUCGGGUCCCGUGGACGCCCUGCGGGGGCGCCAGGCUACUCAGACUCUGCACCGGAGCCCGUGGGUGUGGGAGACGGCGGUGAGAGUCCCUGAAGAAGGCAGCUCGCUGGAGCCGGAUCACGGCUGCGAGGACGCCCCGUCUGCCCACGCCUCCGUGUCCGCGUGGGAGUCAGCACAGGGAUCUCCGUUGGGGGAGGAACAGGACCCCAAUCGUGUCGCUCUGGGGCCGCCAUAGACCUGUCCACCAGCCUGUUAGUUUUUAAAAGCGGGGAGAAAAAAAUCAAGGAUAUUUGAUUGGCCAAACCUCCCUCCCUGGGACCGCUGUUCGCCGGGCUGUGUUGCCGGAGCGCAGCCGCUCUGUAUGGAGAAACGCCUCGUUUCUGGAGUCAGAGCCUCAGGAGGAGAUGGAGGUCCCAAGCCCUGGCUGAUGUGAGGGAGAGCACGGCAGAGGGAGGAGCCAAAGGGAGGAGCCUGCACAAGGAAACACGCCCCCCCAGCUCUGCCUGUGGCUCUGUGCCCUCACCUCUGAGCCCGGCCAGCCUCCAGCUUUCAGGGCCCCGGAGCAGGACCCCGGGACUGCUCCUUGCCUGCCCUGGUGAUGAGUCCCUGCCCGUGCUCCAGAAACGGCCUGGCAGCCCACGCCUCGCCCGCUGGACCUCCUCGCGGGUCCUCGUUUCUUUUUCCUGCCUUACUCGGGACUCUGCAGUGGGCCAGACCCGCCCUCCCGGCUCGGGCUGUGCCAUUGUCCCAGGGAGCUGGGACCGUGCCGCUGAGAUUGUGUCCUGGGGGCGGCCUUGGGUAUCCUCUGUGAGGGGCUUGUCCUUCCCGUGUACAUAAACGCAGUAUUUUCCA